AUGGACUAUGAAGCAGCCGCUGGGUUUUCGUCUCAGGAGCGUGCACUUCUUCGCCAGGUGCAGACGGAGCAGAAACUAGCACGGCGAAAUUGGUCUGAAUGCCCGCUGGUUACCACACUGAUGUACAACAUCGUAGUCUCCUCAAACUCGAAUCAACGCCUCAAACUGAGACGUUGGAGCUUUGCUACACUGGCUCCGAAGAUUAACAGCUUGACCAUUAAGCCUACUCCAGGGACGAAAGAAUCCACGUCACAGAGGCUUUUCCGUUUUGUGAGUGCGGGCCCAUGUUCUGAAAUUACGCCGCGCGAGCAGGAACUUCUCGCCCAGUUGUUCUCUGCACUUCGACGGUUAGACGGAGUUCGAAAAAGACGCCAAGUAUUUGUGAUGGUGUAUGACUUCGCGAGUUGCGUCUGUACUGGCAUCCACCCAAAGCCCGGAGCAGCGUUGCUCGCAAAAUGGAAUAAUAUGAAGCAGCAAGCGAACAACGCGAAGUUGAAGCUAAAAUUUAAAUUGUCGCCGGAAAUGAAAGCGAUCAUCAGCUCUUCACGAAGCGACUCCGAGAAUGGUGGACAAAUAUCCCAUUUCCGCAGUUGUUCAGCCAGUAUCAGCAGCUCCACCGUCGGCAUGAACUACUUCAACGCUACAAAUGCACAUUCAGCGGGAAUUAUAACCCAAGCUCCUCACAUUACCCCCCUGGGCCCGACGGGUGCAUCAGAAUCAAUACCGUCUGCGAACCUGGUCACUGAGCCGAGUUUACUACGGCCGUUGGCUGCCAAUAUCCUCCAAGUACCAGUAUCCACCGAGAAAACCCCACCGGAAACGCACGAAGCUCAAACUUGUUCAGCAAAUGCCAGUCAUAACACACCCGAAGUUUCCGUGACGAUUUUCCGUAAAACAAUUUCUCCAGAACACAUGCGCAAGCUGCGCGCAUUAGAACGCGAACGGAAAAUGGGAGCACAUUCAUGCCGUAUACACGUCGUAUUAUCCUGA